CCAAGCCUUCAUGAUCAUGUAUGUAAAAGUCCAUCGAGACCACAUACAUUGCUCUCUUUAGACCUUGAUCCAUCACCAUUUCAUUUGAGCCAACCAAUUGUGCAUGGAGCUUUCCGUCUAACUUCCGGAGGAUUAAGAUCGAGAUGGAUGGUUCAUUUCAUACACCAGAGUGGCAUGCUGCUCGUUUGGCCAGUCUCAAGACUACUCAGACAAUUACUUGGGAAGAGUAUAAGAAGAAGCAAAAGGAAGAAGAAUUGAAAAAGGGGGAACUUGAAGCAGAUACUGAUAAACUGAUGCGUGAGUAUAGAGCUCAGCUGGAUGCUGAAAGGGCACUGAAGCUCUCUAAGGGAAGGAACUAUUCUACAGAUAAUUCCAGAAAAGAUAAGAAGAAGAGAGAUCUCACAGAUAGAAAGGAAAGAGAUACAAAGAGAAAGAGAAGCAAAAAGAGAAAGCAUUCGAGAAGGCGAUCAUCUGACUCAAGCUCAUCUUCUGAAUCAUCAAGUAGUGGCGAAGAGGAAUCUAGGAAAUCAAGGUCAAGUUCUAAAAUAUCAAAAAGGGAGAGGAAACACAAAUCUAGAGGCAUACAUUGAAGCCGAAGUAAAGAUGAGGAUGAUGGUGGUCCUGUACCGCUAUCGAAAUUCUUUGGCAGUCUUAAGAGUUGAA